AUAAAAAUAAGAGACGUGCCUUGCGAAAAUGAUUCAUAAAUCAAGAGCUGGGUCUUCAAUUCAUAACCCUAAACCAAGAGAAACAACCGUGUCAUUGGAAAAAGGCGCAUGGAGAAGAAGACGAUUCCACUGCCGGAUCUACCUCAGGACUUGAUCGUUCAAAUUCUGCUGAGGUUAUCAGUCAAGUCUCUAAUUCGUUUCAAAUGCGUUUGCAAGUCUUGGUUUUCUCUCAUCUCCGAACCCCAUUUUACAAAUUCACAUUUUCAACUCACCGCGGCAACACCGUCUCGUAGAAUUCUAUUCAUCUCAACACCUCCUCAGUCUAUAGAUUUGGAAGCAUCGCUUGGUUAUGAUACUAUUUCUUCUGCGGUCAAUCUUGAUUUUCUUCUUCCUGAACCUAACUAUGAUUUUGAAAUUAAAGGUUCUUGCAGAGGCUUUAUACUGUUGCAUUGUUUUUCAAGCCUCUACCUAUGGAAUCCAUCCACCGGAUUUCACAAACAAAUACCUAUGUCUCCUUUUUGGUCAGAAGUAGAUGAUGACGAUGAAAAGAUGUAUGGUUUUGGGUAUGAUCAGUUAGCAGAUGAUUACUUGGUGGUUUUAUCAUUCUCCCCUUAUAUGGCAUCACGCUUCGAGUUUUUCUCAUUGAGAGCCAAUACCUGGAUACAAAUUGAGUGUCCUCACUCCCCUUUUAGUAAUGCCUUUGAUGAGAAGUGCGGUGUAGGUUCCCUCUAUCACGGGGCUAUUCAUUGGUUGGCUUAUCGUGAUGAUUUACAAAAGAAUGUUAUCCUUGCCUUUGAUUUCACUGAAAGGCAACUUUUUGAUAUGCAUUUGCCAGAUGAUUAUUACAAUUAUAACUAUGAUCCUAACAACUGUGGUUUGUGGGUAUUUGGGGAAUUUCUCAGUCUAUAUGCUAUGGAUUAUAAUGAUAAUACAAUUGAAAUGUGGGUGAUGAAUGAAUACAAAGUGAACUCGUCUUGGACAAAGACUCUUGUUCUUUCUGUUGAUGACAUUUCCGAUGAGUCCUUUUCCCCAUUGUGCUGUACAAAAAGUGGUGAUAUUAUUGGAGCACAUAGUGGUAUUGGAUUGGUGAAGUAUGAUGACAAUGGACAGUUGUUAGGGCGUUUCUCUAAAUGGAAUGUUACAUGGGAUGGAUCCGUGGCUAUCUAUACAGAGUCUUUGCUUUCACUCCCUGGUGACAAUGAGCAGGUUUAAGAAGGUGACACAAACAAGAAGAAUGAGGUACCAAUCCCUGUUGGCUGAUGCUGUCAAUGGAAUGUGAAGCUGUGGAUGAUUGUUUGUGACCAGCUAUGCUGGUAAGGUUAAAUAAUCUGAGAUCACUAUUGGCUGAUCCGUCACUGUCACUGGAUUACACCUCUUUUCUUUUUUAUUGUGCAUUUCAGCAUUUCUUUAUCAAAACAAAAAUAUGAUGGGACACGAGUUUUGUUGAACUUUAAGUCUUGGUCAAACCAUAUAGAUUGCUGUAUUGGUGGUGUUAUUUUUGUCAGACCUUUUAUAUGUAUGUUUUCAAGGCUGUGGAAGCAACCUCUUUCCCAAUUGAAUUAAU